UAAUAAAGUUUGUGCGUAAGAUUUAGAGCAUUGCAUCAAAAUAGACAUCUCUCUCAUCCUAUCUAUCAUACACCUAAACCUAAAUUAAAACGUAGUUUCAGCUUACCUAAACUUUUCGUCUUUAAUCCAGUUAAGCAAUUUCAUAGCAUCCCUCAGAAAAUGAGAAGAAAAAGUUGUGAUUGUAAGGAAUGUGGUCGAAUGACUAACUUUCAAUAUAGAAAUAUGAAUGUCCCACUCAUUCUUAAACCUUCUAGAAUUAGAAGGUAACCUUCUCUUAGAAAUAAUAGAUUAUUGACUGCAUAAAAUACAAGUAUAUAUAUGCCUGCCAUAUAAUUAUUUUAGAAAAACUAUUUCGCAAAUUUUCUGCUUCAAAACAAGAUACUUUGAUUUGCACUUCUUCUUCUUAAUUAAUGCUCACUUCUCUACGUAGAGCUUCAGCAAGAACCACUGAAAAACUCAUUGAAGAUACUCAAAUUCGCAUAUUUGAACCUCCUAAGUCUUGUAAAAGCCAUUUAUUAUAAAAUAUUAACAAAUCAGAAAUACAAAAGAUUACCUUAUAAAUUCCUAAAUCAUAACGAAUUGUCAAAACAUAACCCUCAGAACAUACAAAAAUUAAAUUACCUCAAACUUAUAAAAGCUUGAAGCUAAUUUAAAAGAGAAACUUUCUUUGUACAUACUUGAAUAAAUAUAAGAAAUCUAAAACAUAAAUCAAUUUAUAAAAGAUCUGA